AUGGAUAUGGAUAAACCAUCUGUCUGGGGCUCUUUGAAACAGCGGACCAGGCCUUUGUUAAUCAACCUGAGCAAGAGAAAGGUGAAGAAGAAUGCAAACAAACCCCUAGAUCUAAGGGCAAGGCGUCCCCUGGACCGCCGCCUCAGCCUUUCUGUCCCUGACCUCCUGGAGGCCGAGGCCUUGGCCCCAGAGGGGCGGCCUUACUCUGGGCCCCAGUCAUCCUAUACCUCAGUGCCCAGCAGCCUGUCGACUGCAGGGAUCUUUCCCAAGAGCAGCAGUAGCUCCUUGAAACAGUCUGAAGAAGAAUUGGAUUGGAGCCAGGAAGAAGCAGGCCACCUCCACGUGGGGGAAACAGACUCCGAGGAGGCCUAUGCCUCUCCUGCCGAGGACAGGAGACCUUCCAGCAAUGACAUCUUGGAUCUGCUCCAGAAAACUCCCCUUGAAGAGGAUGCACUGGAAGAGCCGGAGAAGCUAUGCGGCAGUGGUGAUCUGAAUGCUUCUCUGACAUCCCAGCAGUUUGAAGAACGAUCUGUGAGUGACAAUGCCUUAAAAGCAAACGCUAGAGCAAAUACUAUAGAUAUUUCUUACCGAACGUCUAUCGGUGGAAAUGCUGGUUUGGGCGCCACACAGAUCUUGUCAUCUUGGUCUCCUCCCUGCUCCCCGGCUUCAAAGCCAGUUCCUUCUGCUAACAUGACUUCAGUCCUUCUCCGCGUGUUCGCGCCCACCCACAUUUCAACCAGCACCAGCGAUCCCUAUGUGAAAUUUAAGCUGAAUGGGAAGACGCUGUACAAAAGUAAAGUCGUAUAUAAGAACUUGAAUCCAGUGUGGGACGAGGUAGUUGCACUUCCCAUUCAGAGCCUUGAUCAAAAGCUCCGUGUGAAGGUAUAUGAUCGGGAUUUAACCACAUCUGAUUUCAUGGGUUCGGCCUUUGUCAUUCUCAGAGAUCUUGAGCUUAACAGGACGACUGAACAUAUUUUAAAAUUGGAAGACCCCAACAGUUUAGAAGAAGACAUGGGGGUCAUUGUGUUAAAUUUGAACCUAGGAGUAAAACAGUGCGAUUUCAAGAGACAUCGUUGGUCAAACCGGAAGCGGCUGAGUGCCAGCAAGUCCUCUUUGAUACGCAACUUGCGACUCUCAGAGUCCUUGAAAAAGAACCAACUCUGGAAUGGGAUUAUAAGUAUAACCUUGUUGGAAGGGAAGAAUGUAUCAGGAGGAAGCAUGACAGAAAUGUUUGUCCAGUUAAAACUGGGAGACCAGAGGUAUAAAAGUAAGCGUCUGGCACACAGAGCGUUGGAUCUUCCUGCCGUCGCCCCGUCCCUCCUCAGCAGCUCUCCUGAGGUAGACGGGUGGCGAGUUUGGUACCCACGGAACAUUCCUCUGGUGUUUUCUCAGUGGAGGGUAACUGAGGCACUUCUGACGUUCCCCACUACUUCUGACACUUGUCACCGCUGUGACAUUGCCAGUGCCCUCCCAACGCUCACGGUUAGGAGCCCCAGAAACCUCGUGCUGGCCCAGGGAGCAAGGAUUGGUUACGUCAGUGCCCGGAUACAGAGGAUCCAGUGUCCCAAAGCGCCACCUGAGUGGUGGGAAUUUGGGUUUCCAGGGAUGAAUGGCAAACGUGUUAUUUUAGGAGGGAAGAGCGAUCCUUUUUGCUUGUUGGAGUUAGGCAAUGACCGACUUCAGACACACACCAUUUACAAAAACCUCAACCCUGAGUGGAACAAAGUUUUUACAUUUCCUAUUAAAGAUAUCCACGAUGUUUUGGAAGUGACAGUGUUUGACGAAGAUGGAGAUAAACCUCCUGAUUUUCUUGGAAAAGUUGCCAUUCCCUUGCUGUCCAUUCGAGAUGGACGACCAAAUUGCUACAUACUGAAGAAUAAAGAUUUAGAACAAGCUUUUAAAGGAGCUAUUUACUUGGAGAUGGACCUCAUAUAUAAUCCGGUCAAGGCGAGUAUUAGGACCUUUACUCCCAGAGAAAAGCGCUUUGUUGAAGAUAGCCGCAAGCUGUCCAAGAAGAUCUUAUCAAGAGAUGUAGACCGUGUGAAAAGAAUCACCAUGGCAAUGUGGAAUACAAUACAGUUCCUUAAAAGCUGCUUCCAGUGGGAAUCCACGUUAAGAAGUGCAGUAGCAUUUGUGGUAUUUUUGGUCGCCGUCUGGAAUUUUGAACUGUACAUGAUCCCCCUGGCCUUAUUACUCCUCUUCAUCUACAAUUUCAUCAUUCUCCCAAAAGGGAAGACAGGCAGCAUCCAGGACAGCCAGGAGAGCACAGACGUAGACGAAGAGGAGUAUGACGAUGACAAGGAAUCCGAGAAAAAGGGGUUAAUUGAAAGAAUCUAUAUGGUACAGGAUAUUGUUUCAACUGUUCAAAACAUCUUGGAGGAAAUAGCUUCUUUUGGAGAAAGAAUUAAAAACACGUUUAACUGGACGGUCCCAUUCCUUUCCUUCCUGGCCUGCCUGAUCCUGGCAGUGGCCACCGUCACUUUGUAUUUUAUUCCACUCCGGUACAUCGUUUUAAUCUGGGAAAAUGAUUCAUUACCUUUGAACCUUCCUUCCUUUGCCUCGGUUUGUCCUUGGGGAGCCAUUAACACGCACUGUGGCGAGCUAGGGUUACCUAACCGCCGGCGUCCCGUCUGUUUGUUUUCACAGGUGCAGUACGCUGAACUGAGACCCUGCAGCAGCCACAGCCCCCUUCGGAAGAAGCGCAGUGGCGUCUAG